AACACCAUAUAAGUGAUAAAUAUCUUCCUGUCAAGAAUCUCAUAAGGAUCUCAUAAGGAAAGAGGUCAUACAGGAUAAGAGAUUUAUUCCAGUUCAUUCAUGAUCGAGCCAUCGAGGUAUUCCUAAAUCUCAGAUCUAUCAGUAUAAGGUCACGUAUAAUUAUAUAGAAAUUGCCCUAAAUAAGAGUAAAAACGUUUUGAAAUUUCAAAAUAGGACUUUCAAGUUUUGAUUCCCUAAAUAGGAGUAAUUUUGCCAAAUUUGGAAAAAAAUGUCAUGUUUAAAGCCUAGUAAUGCCAAACUUGGCAGGAAGUUACUCCUAUUCAGGGAAUAAAAAACAUGAUAGUUCUAUUUUAGAAUUUCAAAACUUUUUUUCUCUGAAUUCUUUCAUAAUUAUAUGAUGUUGAUCUAAGAAUAAAUCUUACAAUUGGUAUCAGAGCCGGAUCACUUUGACACUGAAACGCACGGAAACGCAGGGGGUAGGGAGUUUCCCCGUUCCGGAAACGUUCGAACGUUUCCGAGCGCAGGAAACGCGCGAUACGCGAAUCUGGGCCGUUUCCCAAUUUUGUAAUUUUUGGAAACGCGUUUCCAAAAUUUUAAACGCAUAUCCGAUCAAUUUUAGGGCCUCCUCAAAUGGAACAAUCAAACCUUUCAUCGUCCGCUCUUCGUUCUUCAACCCUAAGGCCUACGAGUACGCAAUCUUCCUUCCGUCCGCACUCCGCAGAGUUCGCCGGCUUCUCCAAAGGGCAAAGCCGCAAAGGUCGUCCACUCGUCCGCAGGCUUCCGUUCAGUGAUGGAGCACAGUGUUAAUAAUACGUCAAUGUCACAAUUUAAAGAGGAUGUAAGUAGUCCUUUGUGGCAAUUUGUUAAAAGACUCCAAAAAACUGGUGAUGGAGGUGGCAAUGUGAAAUGGAUUUGCAACUUUUGUGGUAGCCAAAAACAGGGGACAUACACUAGAGUGAGAGCUCAUUUACUCAAACUGCCUUCAAAAGGAAUUGCUGUAUGUCCAAAGGUUGGGUCGGAGAGCAUUUUAGAAAUGAAAAAGCUUGAAGAAGAUGCUGCAAAGCAAAUUGGUGGUUCACAACCUAAGCGAGUAUACUUGCCUAGUAGUAGCACGCAAAGCAGCUCAACAUAUUUAUCGAUAAAUGAACCAAGUCAUUUAGAGAUGAUGAAAAGAAAAGUCGAUGACUCGCCCAUUUCCAAAGCUUUUGAUUUGCAAACUAGGAAUCAGCUAGACGAAGAGAUUGCAAGGAUGUUCUUCACCAGAGGUGGCUCAAUUGGUUGGUUGGUGGAAAAAUUGAAGAUAUGAUCAAGAUUCAAAACCCGCAGUGAUCAUGUGGAGAAGGACCCGAAGAUCGGGAUGUGGUACGCAACUUGCAAAUGGUGCGGGGAAAAAUGUAGCAUGGGAGUUUCAGGCGGAUACGAGAUGGCAAUGAAACCUAUGAAGUCAUGUGACAAAGCCAAAGGAUCAGGAGGU